ACAUUUCAAGCAGGUUUCACAACUGCUGAGCUCAGGAAACUUCUGCUUCUCUUUAAUAGAAACAAAGAAGAAAAAAAAGAACAAGGCAGUAAAAGAACGCAUUGAGGUCUCAUCACUUCUUAAUUUGCCCCUGUAAAGCUCUGAUGAUGCUGUUACACAUCACUGCUCGCUCAAGCCUCACGCUCACGAUCAGUAAGGUGCACGGGAUCAUGGAACUGAUUUUGUUUGGGUUGACUGUAGCCCUGCAUCUAAAAGACACACACACUCAAGGGAUUCAAAUGAAAACUUUUGGAAUGGGAAAUAAUGUAUCUCUCCUGUGCUCAAAUAGAAGAUGGAAUGAAUCAAUCAUGGUGAGGUGGGACGUUAAGAGAAGAGAUGGAAGUGACUGUUUUGUGGCUUUGGAAUUUGGAUAUAUUACAAGAAACAGCACCUGUGAUUCCAGAAUAACAAUACAACAAAGGGGAGAUGGAGUGGUUUUACAAAUAUCCCCCUUCAACUCAUCUGAUGAAGGCAAUUACACUUGUGAGACUCUCUUCUUGCAUGAACCUGAGACUGCACAUUUUAAUGUGAAAGCUGAGUCUAAUGUGAACGUGUCCGACGCUAAGCACCACCGGCCUUCGCCAGCUGGGACUGUGAUAUGGAGCGUGUGCGGCUCUGUAGCCCUCCUCACUUUGAUUGUGCUUUCCUCUGUGAUCAUCAGGAGAAAACUACAGAGGAAAGGGAGAAAGAAACCAGGCACAAGUGAGAGAUGUUUGUUCUCCACAGAAGAGAUCCAGGAUAUUGAACCAUACAUCACUUAUAGUGAAAAGACAAAUGCGAUCUAUAGUAGCUAAAGACGUCCAACCUCAGAAAGGAACAUUAAUUACAAGAAAGAAGAAUGGAUGUGAUGUCCCAGAAAUCUCAGCAUAAUUUUCCCACAUUAAAAAAAUCAUCAUCUACAACAGUAUUUGACUACUAUAUGAUGCUCAUCAGAUAGUGCCAGAUUAAUACUAGUGCAAGACUGAUGUUAAUUCAUAUGGGACUAUUUUUUUUUAAUAAUGUUGGACUGUCAACAGCUACGAGCAUAUCCUCAUUUUUUUAAAGGAUGCUGUCAUUUUUUACAAGAUGAUACCAAAUAUAAAAUGAGAAUGUCGUUGAGAGAGUCGUUUGUGACGUCUAUUUUUUUCAUGAAGAAACUGCACAAUCAUAGAGGUCGAAGCAUGUUGAGGCAGUUCCAUAACUGGGGUUUUUAUUUUAUAGUUCACCAUAAAAUGAACUAUACAAAUUCAUUUUUAAAAAUGUACAUACUGUCCAAUGUGUGUUCUAAUAAAUGUAUGACCCAAAUAAAUGUGUUGCAUCACUAA